AUGCAAAAAAAGCCUCAAGCUUUGAUAACUGAAGCAAUGCCCGACGAUUUCGAACAACCAAGAGCGCAAGCUGGAGCUGUUCUUGGGAUGUUGAAGGGAAAGAAGGCACCGGAGGCUGGUAAAAAGAAGGGAGCUGGAACAGAGGGAUCGAGACGUAUCAAAAAGGAUAAGAAGAAGGAAGAAGGCGAUGCAACGAACAAGACGAACAUGACACCCGCUCCACCACAGGCUCAUCCAGUUGUUCAAGAGUGGGUUCUCAGAGCACUCGACACUGGCGUCGACAAACUUCGAGAGGAAUUCCGUUUUCUGGCGAAGUACACUCGAAAUGAUAUGACCCAGAAAGACUUCAAUGCUAACCAAUCUCCGGAUUUCAAUAUUACCAAAAAUCGUUAUCAAGAUGUUCCGUGUCAAGACCAAUGUAUUGUAAAACUCGAUCCACCAUCUCCAAGCACUUACAUCCAUGCCAAUUUCGUCGCUUGCCCAAACUCUGAAAAGCGAUUCAUCUGCUGCCAAGGUCCUAUGGAACAUACUGUUGAGGAGUUUUGGUGGAUGAUUGUUCAGAACAAAGUAGAGGAAAUCGUAAUGCUGUGUAAAACUAUUGAAACUGGAAAACUCAAAUGUGCACAGUACUGGCCUGCCUCCCUAAACGAGAAAAAGGAGUUCAAGACGGGUCUUGUGGUUGAGAACCUUGGAUCCAAACCAAUGCAAAGAGAUAAUGAGAUCCAGGUAACGAGCUUGACCGUUUCGUAUGACGGAAAGACCGUACCUGUCCGUCAUCUGCAUUGGACUGAUUGGCCGGAUCGCGGAGUUCCACCAUGCAAAUUGACUGGGUUAGAACUGCUCUCAUCGGUACGUGGAUCUAAAUUUCCGAUCGUGGUUCAUUGUUCCGCGGGAAUCGGUCGUACUGGAACGAUUGUCGCGAUUGAGUAUAUUCUUGAAAAAAUCCAAGAAAACAAGCAAUGCCCUCCAAUGCCCGAUCUCGUCAAAGGAAUCCGUGAUCAACGUGCUUAUUCAAUCCAAAAUGAUCUUCAAUACUUGUACAUUCAUCGUAUCAUGUUGAAUUACUUCUUGGAAAAGUAUAAGGAUAAGUACGCAUCAUUGCUCACUCCAGAGAACGUGGCAAAGUACGAGAAGUUUGUCAAGGACUACAACGCCGUCGUUGGCCAAUGA